AUGAAGCAUCUCCUCAUGCUCUAUCGUGCUUUGGAAACGCUACCUCACGUGCCGUCUAUCACUCCCUCCGCUGCAAAGUUUUAUGAAAAGGCUGAAAGUAGUGUCCUCGCCUCGUCCGGAUUCGACUCUCAGAUUGAUGGCUUUCUUGGGUAUAGCGAGGAGCUUCUUGACAUUCUCCACCAGAUAAAUAUGAAGGAGCCUACACAUCACCAAGCGUCCAUGAAUGCAGAUAUUCUUUUGGGCAGACUGAAUGUCAUCAUCAGCCGAGACGUUAAGCAGCCGCCAAGAGUGUCGAUAUCAUCGCUUUCCUCUCAAGCAGGUCGUGACUUUGCGCUCUGCAACAAAGUCUUCCAGCAGGCUACCCUGAUCCAACUAUACCGACAAUUAUAUGGCCUGGCCUCAUCAUCUGAACAAAUACAAAGUGCCAUUCAUACCAUUCACGAAAUGAUUGAGAACAUGGCACAAGGUGAACCAUGCCAUACUUGGGUCGCCAUGGCUAUGCCUCUGUUCACUGUUGGAUGUGAAGCGUAUAACGAAGACCAGAAAACCUUCAUUCUGGAUAAGAUUCAUAAACUUGAGAUAUGCAUCGGAUCACUACAUGUAAAGAUUAUCGAACAAGCCCUGAAGGACAUAUGGAAGUUAAGGGAAGACUUUGGAGAUUACGAGGGCAACUUGUGCGCUGAGUACUUGCUUGGUAGGUCUGCUGAUCCAAAAUGA